AUUACUCGAGUUGAUGUUAACACAUCUUCCUCAGACUACAGUCAAAAGACAUCAGCAGAAAUGAGGGCCCUUGCAAUCAUAAGCCUCUUGGGAUGUGCAUUUGGAGAAGACAGGGUUUUUUCCUGGAGUGGUGGAAACGACAGCCAAGUUGACGCCAAUGAGAACGCAUGUCUGACUGAUGUGGUGUCAUGUGGGUGCUGCCUGAUGAAGAAGCAGAUGUGGAAGCUCGAGAUGUUUUUCAACAUGACAUUAAAUGAGCUACAGAGGAACCUGGAGAGAGCUCAUUCAGUGUUAAACAAUAUUCGUGCCAGUCGCAGUGCCUUCUCUGUGGCUCUUACUGAGACACGCCUCUGUAUCGGCCCAAAUCGUGAAGACUCUGUGGUGAAGUAUAGCAGCGUAUUUGUUAACUUGGGAGAUGGCUAUAGCCCUGACACUGGUGCCUUUGUAGCACCACGUUCUGGCAUCUACAGCCUGGCUUUAACAGUUUAUAGUGAUGCUGGCGCUCCUGGAGCCACAUUGGCUGCUUGUGCUCGACUCCAACUGAAUGGGAGUACUAUUGCAUCACCAAGUGAGAACAACCUUCAAGACCAGGAGGACAGCGCUAGUGCUGUGCUAGCUGUUCAGCUGCAUGCAGCGGACAGAGUGGAUGUUGCUCUUCCAGCCGGCUGCUUUCUGUGUGACAAUAACAACCACUACAAUACUUUCACUGGGUUCCUGCUCUAUACAACUGAUUAAAAUAGAGAGAACAAAAACUGUGUUUGAAAUGACCUACUACACAGUGUACACCGUACAUUACACAAAAAAAUAAAUAGUAUAAAAUACAAUAUUAAGUAUGCAACAGUUACUUAAAGUUGAUCUUGUUGUAUGGUACUUUGUGAUUUCAGUAGUGCAAGAAUGGUAUAUUGUGAUUUCAAAUGUUUCCUUUGUUCUCUCUGCCCAUAAAAUAUUUCUCUGUCCACAACACCCUGCAUAUCUACAUGUUAAAACGACGUAUAACUUUCAAUAUGAUGUCUGAUUAAUAAAUUCUAAUUUGUUUUAAUGCAAAGAACAUAUUCAAAAAUACUGCUUUUGUUUUGAAAUAAACAUUGUGGUUAUUUUGCUCUGACACCUUCACUUGACCUUCACAUCUACAUCAUAAUCUCUUACCCAAAAAGCAAUAGUCAUCAGUUCAGCUGACACUGAAACAGUUCAUUUUGCAUUGAUUGGAUCACAUUCAUUUAAUGUUCUAAACCAUGACAUAUUUUCUUCAGUUAGAAUAUAUUCUGUAGCAAUACUGAUUCAAGUAUUAAGUUUGUUCCACUGUUUCGAUUUAUA